CUCAAAACCUUCGGUUCUAUAGUUCUAUUUGUCUCUUCCCCUUCCAAACUCUGCAGCAUUGAAAUCCUCUCUCUCUCUCUCUCUCUCUCUCUCUCUCUCUCCUCCCGGCAGCGCUCUCCGCCAUGACCAGCUCCUCCGCCACCGCUCGCAAGGCACUGAGUAAAAUUGCCUGCAAUCGGCUUCAGAAGGAGUUGGUGGAGUGGCAGGUCAAUCCUCCCGCUGGCUUCAAACACAAAAUCACCGAUAAUCUCCAAAGGUGGGUGAUUGAAGUAAUUGGAGCUCCUGGAACCCUCUAUGCUAAUGACACCUACCAACUUCAAGUUGAUUUCCCAGAGCAUUACCCAAUGGAAGCUCCCCAGGUUAUAUUCCUCCAUCCAACUCCAUUGCACCCUCACAUUUACAGUAACGGCCAUAUCUGUUUAGAUAUAUUAUAUGAUUCUUGGUCACCUGCCAUGACUGUUAGUUCUGUUUGUAUCAGUAUCCUCUCAAUGCUGUCAAGCUCAACUGUUAAGCAACGCCCUGAAGACAACGAUCGCUAUGUAAAGAACUGUAGGAAUGGCCGAUCUCCAAAGGAGACCAGGUGGUGGUUCCAUGACGAUAAAGUGUAACAAACAAGCUGAAAAAGUUGUCACCAUCUACCGGUAGUUUGAAAUAAUUGCAGUUUUGUGGUGGCAACCGUUUGCUAGAGGAGGAGAAAAAUCGAGUGUGAGGAGCAUUCAGAACCCUAAGCCUUUCUCUGAAUGGUCGAUGCAUCUCCUGUGUAAAUUUGCAAUGCCUGUUUAUGUAAAGUAAAGGUAGAGGAACACUGUUGUCUUUCUGGGAACAUCUUGGGAAGAUACUCUUCUUGUCUGUUCUUACUCGACUUCUUUGCUUCUUCUAGCUGUCUGAUGAUUGGUGUUGUGAGCAACACACGACGCACAAUUUAUG